UUAAUUUUCGCUCUUCAGUGGACCCCCCGUUUGUGUAACCAAUAGGAAUAUUCACUCGGAGAGUGACCUGACAAUAAAACAACUAAAUGUUGAUACAUUUUCAGGUACGCGAUGAGAAGCGUAUUACAAUAAAUGUAAUAUUUUUUGUUUCAAGUCUUAAUUCGGACAGAGUGUUGAUGAGCGUCAGAAUCUCAGUAAUGGCGGACGGUGGGGCUCACACGAUAAGAAUCAGACACGUAUUUUAAGCCAUUUAACAAUUGAUAUUAAUAGUAACCUCUAGGAAAAGCAGCACAUGAUUCAGCUCUCUACACAAACGGGUGUGCAGCUCUACAAUGGCUUUGUCGGAAGGAUUGUUAAAGCUGAGAUGGAACAAUCAUGAAGCAACUUUCUGUCAUAUCUUGCACAGACUCCGCUCAAGGCCUCGGUAUGCUGAUGCAACACUGGCAUGUGAGGGUCGUCUCUUUAUGGUGCACAGGCUUGUGCUUGCCACUUGCAGUGACUUCUUCGAUGAGAUUUUCCAACAGACACCAAGUGACACAACACGUGCGGUUAUAGUGCUGAACGAGGCACGUGCCCAGGAUGUGGAAUGCUUGCUAGACUACAUGUAUUGUGGUCAGGUUAAUGUGCGUCAGGCCAACCUAGCAUCACUUCUGAAGACAGCUGAAUGCCUUAAGAUUAAGGGUCUAGCAGUCCCUGAGCCAAAUGUCAGCACAUCAAAUACAAAACGUAAUCAGGAACAGCCUACAUCUCCUGACAGCCCGCCACUUAAAAAGAAGCGAAAAAAGAAAACGGUACUUCCUUCAGGACUACCACCAACGACGACAUCUGACUCUCUUAUUGUUCCAGAUACUCCUUUGUCAUCCUCAUGGCCCCCUUCAGAUGAUUCUUCCAAGUUCACAAGCAUCCAGGCUCCUACACAUCCAAGUAACUCUGUUCCUGUCUGCUCUUCUUCACACACUCAACCUUCUCUCUACACUUCCACAACAACAAGUCACUCCCUUCCAUUAACUUCUUCUUUAAAGGUAAAUGUACCUGUAACAGAUGUCGAUAAGACCAACCAAAAAUCUGGCUGGCUUCAGAUUGUGUCAUCAAUGCGUCAGGGAUCAACAACUUCUGAAACGACUUCAGAAAGCGAUAAUCUCAACCAGCAGCAAUCUCAUCAACUCCAAAAACACAGUACAGCUUUCUCCAGGAAAACAAAAUCUUCACCAAAAGCUUCAACCUUUGACAAUUACCCAAGCCAGUUUCUUCAGACGGAAAUUAAGGAAGAGGUCAAAGAGGAGCCAUUAUUACCAGUACCCUUAGGCCAUGAUGAUACACAAGGCGAGGAAGAGAACAGUUGGGAGGAUCAUAAUCCUGAUCAAGAAUCAGGAGAUCGGCUUGUGUAUCAACGAAUUCCAUCACUUUACCCACCUCCUCCUGGGCUGCACCCAGUGGUGUCUAGUAGUGGUCUGACUCACACUACACCUGUGUUGCCACUGGGAUUGUUCCGUGUUGGAUCAUAUGCAGUGCAGAGUGGUGGGCAAGCAUGGGAGAACAAAGGUCAGUUGAAACAAUCUCCAGAGCAAGGAAAUCAUGAAGCAUUGCCCAGUGCCAGCCAGCAGGCUAUGGAUUUGGGCCUAAAUCAUCUCGCUGGACUGAACGUAAAAAAUGAAUCUUCUCCGAGCCAAGCAACCAUGUCUCCAAAGCUUAUGCCAUAUGCCAUGUGCUCAAAUUGUGGCACCAACAACACGAAACUUUGGCGGCGUAAUGAUAAAGGUGAAAUUGUGUGCAAUGCCUGUGGUCUGUACUUCAAACUUCACGGCAUCAACCGACCCAGCCACCUCUUUCGAACAGCACCCAUGACUCGCAGAAGGAAUCCCAAAAAGAAGAAGGAAGCUGAAAGUGAUUCAUCCCAAGACAAAGAACAUAUACCAGAGACAGACCCACAGGAUGGCCUAGCAGUUCUGAAUGCAGCAUUAACGCUUAAUUCACUCCUUGCCAAGGCAAAGGCUCAGCAGUCAGAAGCUUUAGCAGCCCACAGAGCAACACCUCCAACCAUUACCAAGAGCCCGUCAGAGCUAGGAAAUGAAUCGCGUCCACCCCCUCCUCCACUGUUGAAGAUUCCAGUGCCAGUACGUGAUCAUGAAUCUACUACUGGGCCUCCUAUGGCCCAUUCCAGAGAGGGUAGUCCACAGGAUCCAGGAGGAACUCGCACACCACCCAGUCGCACUCCUAACCCUGCACCACUCUCACCUCUACCAUCUCUAUUGCCUCCACCACCACCACCCUUACCACAAGAAACUGAUGAAGGAAGUUCAUUUCUCAAUUUCUAGAUAAGUUACAUUGAGAUGUGCUCUUGGUGUAUUUUCUGGUCUGUGGAGCAGACAUUGUAUUUUUCAUUAUUACAUUGUGAUUAUCUGUCCUUAAUGAAUAGAUGGUUGGGAACCUACAACUACCAAAAUGUGUGUCUAGGUUCUGUAAUAGAGGGAAUUCCUCUUUAAAGUGUUAGGCAAACUCAGGGGACUCAGUCAUGAUAUACUGUUCAUUUAAAUAAUUAAUACAUUACACAAAUGACUGCUCAGUGUAACAUUGAGCAAUGAUAAAAAAAAAUUAAUUUAAGUUAUUUAAUGUAUGCUGGUUUUGCAUGUUAGCAUUUUAUUAGAUGCUGUCUUUCCCAAGCGAAGAACAGGCAUCAGCUCAUUAUUUAUAAGAUUAGACACAGUAGGUAUUGCUUUAAGAUCUGUAUUAUCUCAGCUCAUGGACAAAUCAAGCAUAAUUUAAAUGUUAUAAGAUAUAUUUAAAUGCUUUAAAAAUGUGUCAGUUUCAGUGACUGAGACAUAUCAUUUAUAAAAAUUAUAAUCCAAAUCUGUAUAUGUGAUACUUUGUGUGUGUACUGUUUACAAAUUUAUUUUGAGGGAAAUAUUCGUAUAAAUGAACUUGUUUGUAUCUGUAUUUAAUAAUGAAUUUCAUCAAUUAGUAGUUCUAGUUCAAUGUGUAUAUUUUAUGAGUGCAAAUCUCAGUUUAUGUUGACAUCACAAACACACUUUUUUAUGUCAGAUCAAGUGAGGACAACAUAAGCAGCAAUUGGUAUCCAAAAAUUUCCAUUAAUUUUCAUAGUUAUGUAUUACGUAUUACUCUGAUCCAGGAUUUCUCGGUUAGCUAUGGACCCCUAUGGGGGCCAUGACAAACUGUGUGAGAACUAGUUAUCAGUUAGCAAAUUGGCUGAGAAACUAUCUUCUGACUUCUUUAAUAUUGUUUCCUUGCUGUAUUAUUAUUUACUAAGAAUCGAGUCAAAGAUCUGAAGUGUGAAUCUUUUUUUACUCAUAAUUCUGCAUAUUUACUGCUAUUUUGAGAUCUUCGCAGUCUUUUAGUACAAUUAACAUUAAAUGAAAAUUUGAUCCAGUAAAAAUUUUUAACUCUUGGAUGUCUUAAAUUGAGACCAAGCAUACCAUACCAGGGGUGUGGACUGUCUGCAGUGUUCCAUGUCAAAAGUAAUAUGCAGUUGUUCUUAGGGAUAUAGUUAGUAGCACAUCAAAAAACUCUUUUUGAUACUCUUCAUCUACACAGUACGGUAUCUUAUUUUAUUCUAAACAAAAAAAUAUUAUACAGAGCAAUAUACAAAAUUGUUCUGAACAUCUAUUAUAUGACUAAGACUUCUGUGUUCUCAUGUGAUAAAGAGUAUGCUUGUGUCUGGGUAAUGCUCAAUAUAUUGUAUCUACUUAAAAUAUUAGCUUACAUUUCUUAGUCUCAGAUUUUUUGCAUUGUCAGUCACUUUUCAAAGAAAUCAUAUUAAUUUUUCAUAUAUAAAUUAACCAGUUGAGUAGCUAACCAAAAGAAAAUUGAUUGGAACAAAUAUAUUAGUUUAUUAUACUAAGUAUGUUAAUGCUUGACCAAGGUGUGUAAUAUGUACACAUCACAAUACAGUAGUUGUGUCUGAUCAUAUCAUGCACUAUUUCAUGUUAUUUAUAGCCUUUGACUUCCAAAUUAGUGCAGUACAGUGCCAUUUUCCUGGACUUGUGAUCAGAAGCUGUGUGAUAGGUGUAAUUUAGAAUCUGUUAAUAAUGGGGAUGAGUUCAGAGAACACACAAAAUAAAAGUAAAACACACAGUUGUUUGCAGUGUUAAAAGCUACUGUGUUCAUUAUGAACUUGUGCAUUACAGCAUGGAAUUAUUUUACUUUGAGCAAAUAUGCAUCAACAUGUCAUAUGCAUUUUUGGUAAUGGCAGUGAGGUGUUGGCUGUUGUGCAUUUUUUCUUCUCACUACUUGAGUGAACUUGAUAUUUGUUUCAUAUUGGUCACAGUAAUUAAAAACAGUGUUCACAAUCUUUCACAUUAAAACAGUAUUUUAAAUUAUGUAGCCUUGAUUCUCUUGCCGCUUGUAGAUAUACUAGUACAUAGCCAACAAAGUUAUAAACCCUUCCUCCCUCUCCCUCUAACCCACUCCUUUAUCUGCGUGAGUAUGAGACAGAGCGAAGAACUUGGUUACCUGUAAUCUGUUGCCAUCCUACACCUAAAGUUCAACACUCAUAUGUUAACAUGGUACAGUACCACUACAUUGCCUUUCUGAGCACAAGAGUUUUUAACACGUUUUAUGAAUGCAUUUUCUUGUCACAGUCACAAGCAUGCAGAGAAUUAUAUUAAGUACUUCCAAUAUCACUAAUAUAUGUUAAAAGACUAGGUAGAAAUGGAAUAAAAUUCUAUGUGUUAUGUUUCUUGAUGUACUUAUAAAGUUGACUACCAUGCUGCAGGAACCCACAGCCUACAUUAUUCAUAAACACCUGCUGAUAGUGAGGUACCAUUACUGCCCUGCUGUUACACUUUUACCAGGGCUUUUUGUUUUUUUAUAUAAGUGGUAGAUAUGAUGCAGUAACAUCCAGAGUAAAAGAUAAACAGUUCCAGGAAGAUGGUGCUGUAUUGUUUGCACAAAAUCAAAACCUUGUGUGAAAAAUAUUUAAGAAGAGCCUCAGUUGUUGGAAAAGCAGCCCUUGGUUUAUAUUAAAUUUUAGUAGAUUAAUGGUAACAUAUGAAAUUUUAAGUGAAUACAUGGUUAUAUUUGCAGGUUCAUACAGAGAAAGAAAGUUAGGUGUCAUUUUGUAUUUAUCAGUGCCUACAAUUAUUAGACACACUCUGAAGAGAAUGUGCAUACAUUUACAAAGCUUGACAAAGGUACAUACUGAUAAGUUUGAAAGAAUAGGUUGAAUAAUAAUAUACCAGAAGGUGUAUAAGUUGAAGUACCUGAAAAAUCCUUGCUUACUGAAGGUUGUGGUGAUGUGUGUAAUUCUACUCUGUGUGUAUGAAACAAAUCCUAGUGUGUAUAUUUCCAUAUAUAGCUCUAUUCUAUUAUCUGUACUGCCAAUCCCAUGAGAAAUAGCCAUGAACAGCCUUCCAUCUCAUUUAAUGUGGCCUAAUUUGCAAUGAGCUGUAGUGAACUGCUUCCACAUUGCUUGAGUACUUUAUACACUCUACUAUCAGCCAAGAAUAUUAAAUCACAAAACAGGCUGGAACAGUUUACAAGAAAACCAGAAAUUGAAAAUGAAAACUGCACAAUGAUUUUUUUCUGUCUUGGACCAUUAUCAAAUUGUGAGUGAGUACUGUAUAAGAGAGGAAGAAAACCAGAAGGUGAGAGGUGAGGUGACAGCCAAGGUUUGGGCAAGUCGCUUAUAUUUUGAAGAUAAAGCCUUUAAUAAUGCUAUAUAGUGGGAAGACAGACUUCAACAGAAGCACGUCUGGGGCUAAGAUUCAUGUUAGGAAUGUUGUGUAUAAAGGUCAUCUCAGCAAUAUGGCCUCUGGGAAUGCUUGAAGAGGGAAAGAUAAUUUUGGAAGGGGGCAAGUUUAUUUGAUGAUUUGUAUCUAACAUGCUAAACAGGAGCAAUGUUGAUGUUAGUCAGGUAAAUAUUUCUCUUGCAUUCUGACUGGCUUAUAAAGUGUAAACCUGUUCACCCUGCUCGCAUUAACAAUGUGCAGUGGAACCUCGGUGUUCCAACGAACAGGAAAAAAAAUUGACCUGGAGUCUGAACAUGCUGGCUUGUUUCAUAUUCAAUUGUAAAAAACUUUACAUGAAAACCCUGUUUCAAAAAUGCUUUGAAGUGACCUCUAACACCGACCUAACUCUCAGAGACUUUUGAAAGAGUCAGUUCACUGUUCUCCAGUGUGAGGCUGAUAAUUAAAGCCUGAGAAAUACUGUUUCAGACAUUGAAAUUUUCUCAGUUCGAACACCACCUAGGAGCCAAUUAAGUUCAAACACUGAGGUUCCAUUGUAUUUUUCUGUCAUUAAGGAAGAUAAUUAUACCAUAAACUGAAGCCUUUCGAAAACCAUAUCUCUGAGGUUUCAUAUGACUAGUAACAUGAAUCUUUACCCAAGUAUUGCUUCUUUUGAAUCUUUCCUCUCCUGGCACUGUCAUAUGCUCAGAUCUUUAGAGCAGUCAUGGUUUGACCUACUUUGAUUGUCUCUCUACAUCUUGCUACCUUGCUUCCUUCCUCUUUUCCAACUCACAAUUUGAUAAUGGUUUAGAUUGGCAUGUCAAAUAGUUUUCAUUUGUAGUGUACCAGGAACAUUAGAAGUCAUAGGUAAAUUAUUUUCAUUCAGUGUUCUUUUUGGUGUUUAUCUCAAGCACUGGCUUUUUAAACAUUAUUUCUUUCUGCCCCUACCUUACCUUUGAUGACCAUAAUUGCAGAUUGCAUGUGUAUUUCUUUCUUUAUGAGAGUACAUGCAUUUAUGCUUUUAUUUGUGCAUUUAGUGCUGAAUUGGUCACCCCUGUUAAUGGAGCUUAAUCAACAACCAGACUGUUAUAAAUAGGUAUAUUCUGAAAUGUCUUAACUUAACCAUACUCAUCAGUAUAAAUAAUCAUUGCAUAAUUAUUCAUAACUAUUCCAGGUUUAUUGAAUUUCAUCAUUUAAUUAGUUUUAUACAUAAAUUGUCCUGUUUGAAAAUUUUUCUUACUUUGGUUUGAGAAUUUUUCUUUCUUUGGUUGCAUAGUCUCUCUCCAUUUUACAACAGAGGUUUAGGUAAAACUCUUCAACCAAAAUUUCUUCAUUGCUUUUCAGUUUCAAUUCACACCUCAAUUCCACCUCAAUUCAUCUAUAAUGUGUGUGUUAAUAGGGACUUCUCAAAUGGACAUGCAUAUUAUAUCCUCAACAGUGGUUGCAUAAUGUUCAAAGUUUGCAUUUUGUUUACUGCCAAAAAUACAUGUAUUAUGCUAUAUAAACACUAUAGUCAGAGACUUAACAAAACUACAGUAUUCUAAGUCAUCAACUGUUAUCAACUCAUUUAAUUUUUUUAGGUAUGUAAAGUGACAUAAGUUUCAAAAAAAUUUCUCAACAGUUUGCCUGUUAAAAAUAUUAACAUUUUAAUUUCAGAUACAAUGUUGUUACUUGAAUAAUUAAGCUCCACAAUUUUCAUUUCUUCAUCCAACCAUAUUUGGGUGCCUCUUUUUCCAUUAUAUUGCUAACCACUUUUACUUGUAGCAUUUUGCUGGUUAAUCAAGUAAAGUGCAUCCAUAUUGGGUUCCUCUUCCAUUAUGUUGUUUAUCUCUUCUGAUGGUAGCACUCUUGCUAGCUCAUCAAAUAAAGAUUCUGACAGUACAGUGGAUUCAUUUUCUUUGUCUCCUGGAACUUCUAUGAUGUAGCCUUUCUUAAGAGUAUAUUCACUUCCUUCACAGGCUUUCCUCUCACAUCUUGCAAUUAUCAAUUCAUUCCAAACAUUUUCCCAUCACCUCUAGACUUCUGCAUCUAUUAAUUCUACACACACUUUUGAGGUAACUUUUUUUUCAGCUCUCAUUCUGAUGGUGGGUAUAGUUUUGGGAUCACUUUACAUCCAAUAUUUCACAAGUUUUGUUUAUAUUUCUCUAAUUUAAUUAAUUAUGAUUUUCUUAUUUUUUUAUUCACUGGUCAUUUCUCAUCAAAGCAGGAUGACAUGAGAAGAAAAUACAUUAAUAACCUUCAUUGUUUUGGUUAUUACAUGGUUACCAGUCCCAUACUCUUAAGCAUUUUAGUUGCCUUUUAUGACACACAUGGCUUCAGCCCUUUGGUACUCAACCUCGUUUAUAAUUAUGUUCUUACUCUGUCACCGUGUUGUGUGCCUUACCCUAGAUAUUUGCCCGGCUUACAGGUUAGUAGUUUUUUUAAUACCACUGUAUUUUUACUGCUCUCUGAAGGCUGUACACUAUUGGCUUUUUUUUUUUUUUUUUUUUCUCUCAAUACGUCGGCUGCUUCCCGAGACAGGCUGACCCAAAAAGAAAGAAAAAACUUUCAUCAUCAUUCAACACUUUCACCAUCACUCAUACAUAUUAAGUGUUUUUGCCUUUUAUGGUCAAAUAAUGUUUUCUACUUCCCAGGGUAUUUUCUUUGUUGUGCUUCACUUAUUCAAGAGUGUCAGCAGUUCUUCUAUUUGAAUACAUUUUAGAAUUUUCUUGCAGUGCUGUAUGACCCAUUCAGGUUAGCUCUUAGUUUGAUUAUAUGAUUAUGGAAUUUUCUUACCUGUAAGCUUUGCAACUCCAAACCUUUCUUGUCUGUAACCAUUUCAACUCAAUUUUACUUUUUCUUCAGAAUUUUGAUUCCAGCUCUUAUGUAUUUUACCAUUUGCUAUCAGUAUACUAAUAUUUGGAAAACUACAAAAUUCUCCUCCAGUUCAAUAUACACUGUGUACAAAGGGCUUGCAUCACCUAAUAAUGCAUUUUUGUCAAAGGUUCAUUAUUACUGGCUAUGAAAUGUUAUCCUACCUCAGCUUAUUUGAAACCUGAAUCUAACUGAAGUAUGCCACCUCCCAGGAUGUUGCCCAUAACAAUCAGCUACACCCAGGUACAGUACCUAUUUACUGCUAGGCAAAUGGGGGUAAUAGGUAUAAGAAAUAUGUCUGUCUCUCUUCCCCUGCCUACAGACUUAUGCAGUUCCUUACUGCCUCUUUCUAGUUCACUUCUCCAAUAUUGUCAGUGGAACCAUCAGAACAUCUUUCCAUCAUCAUUACAGUUACAUAGUGAAUUUAAUUUGUACCCAAAUUUGAAGUUUUCUUCUACAGAUACCUCAUGAAUCUAUUUUCCUCCAGUGAAGAGGCUUGUCUGUACCACAUAAGCACAUGCAUAAUAUGCAUCUUCCUAUUAUUUCAUUAGACCUUAAUGAAAAAUACAUGCUGUAUAUAUACAGCAUUGUGCUUUUUGUACUAAUAUUGUUCUUUAUUAUUGUUGAAAUGCUGUACUGCAUAUAUAUAUAUAUAUAUAUAGAAGUUCAAAAUAUUUUCCCAAAAUGCAGUAUCACAUUGUACUUCGUCUUCACUAAUAAUUGUGGAUGUGGAGGUGGGUGUGAUCAUGGAAAGAAUUUCUCUAAAUUGCUUCAUUUUACAGCUAUUUGACUUUCCCCCAGUGAACUCAAUCCUCAUUUAGGCCUUAAAUUUUUCAAGUUUUGUACCAAAAGCUAAGAAUAAAACACAUCCUCAUUCACCUGACUGUACAGUAACUGUUACUUCCACUUACUAUUUUGGGCACGAAUGCUCAGCUUAAAAUUUAGAUAUUUCUUAUUUAAAUAUCUUUAACUUCUAUGUCCUUGUGCCUUUGCUGGUUUAUUUGAUAUUAUGCAGGUAUACAUAGGCACUGCCACUGGUGUUAAAACUAUCAUUAUUGCAUUGAAAGAAAUAUAUCGAACAGAAGGAAUUAAAAGUUAUGUUUUAUAAGGAUGUUGUUGUGUAAGAUACUGAAUGCUAAAAUAAACUCUAUGUUGAUCCAUUUGGUGCAAAGGUAAUAUGUACAAUUAACUACCAGUCUCUGAAUGUGACCGCACAGCUUACACAUGAACACAAUGCACUCAUUUACUAUACUUUAAUCAAAAUCUGUUUUAGUAUGACAUAUGUGCACAUAUAGGUACAUGCAUGCUCCCAUUACAUUUCAUAUAGUUGAAAAUCUCUAAAUAAGUAAUAAAUAAUAAAUAUUCCUGUAAAAGUAAUGUUCAGUGAAAUACGAAAUGUCUCACCUAAAAAUAGUCACUUUAUAUAUCUUUGCCAGCAUUCAUUCUUCCCAGCUUCCUAAACACUACUCAGUUUCAAGCUUCACAUAUUAUAACAAGGAAUUCAGGUUUCUACUUUUUCUGUUUCUUCAUUCUCCUUCAGUCCUGUUUUAUCAGUGCCAGUAUGUUGGUUGCUGUCAUUCUGCAGGAAAUUUUUUUUUUCCAUUAAUUUUUCAAUCUGACUUAGGCCAUAGUUUCACAUGAGAAAUAAUCUAGCAAAACUUCUUAGCCUAUCUAGGACAUUUACGUGGUCUUAAAGAGA